AUGGCAGAGGCAAAACGACACAUGGUACAACGGAACGACGAAUUGCACGGUGUCCACGAGGAACGCAUUCGACUACCCUUCGGUGAUGUAACCGGCAAAUGGUGGGGACCACGCGAUCUUCGACCGAUCGUUUGCCUACACGGCUGGAUGGAUAAUAGCGGUUCGUUCGAUCGUUUGAUUCCCUUGCUUCCGCGCGACAUCAGCUUUCUCGCCCUCGAGUUCCCUGGCCAUGGCCGUUCGGCACACCUGCCGGCGGGUGUGGCCUACAAUGCGCUGGACACACUGCGCCUUCUGCUACACCUGAUGCAGCAUUACGGCUGGGCGCGCAUUUCACUCAUGAGCCACUCGAUCGGUGCGGUGAUGAGCUACGUGUUUGCCGGCGUAUUUCCCGAUCGUGUCGAUCUGCUCGUUUCGUUCGAUCUGCUGAAACCCUUCAUACUCGAUCCGGAUAUGUUGCUGUUUCUACUUUCCGAUUCACUUCCAAAAACGCUCGAUUACGACGCCACUGCCAGGAAGGAGGAGAAACUUUUCCACUACGACGAUUACGUAGAGCAUAUGCAUGCCGGAUUUCACGAGUCGAUCAGCCGCGAUGCUUGCCAUUAUUUGCUCUACCGUACACUGGAACCAACGACCGAUGGAACGGGGCUGUACCGUCGCCUAACCGAUCGUCGCAUUCGUCACAAUCACGGGUUGGUUUGGUCACACGAUUUAAAUUUGGAAAUGGCGCGCAGAAUACGCGUACCGUUUCUGUACCUCAAAACGACUGAAACACCCCUGUUCGAGGAUCCACAGUAUCACCAGGAAACGAUCGAUGUGCUUACUGCUAGCAAUCCACAGUUUCAGCAUACGCUAGUUGAGGGCAAGCACCACGUGCAUCUUUCGCAUCCGGAGCGGGUCGCACCGUUAGUGAGGGGCUUUUUACAAAAACACUGGAACAGAGAGAAAUAUAUGAUGUGCAAACUGUGA